AUGUUGGCAUCUUCGCCCUCGCCUUCAGCGGCCGCAUUGCGCUCCCCACUUCCCUCAACCUCGGGGACGCAUUCGCAUUCCCACUAUGAGCCUACUGGUGCUCCACAAUUCAAUAGUCCUCGAUCCUCACGUUUGGCCAUUGAGGAACUUCGUUCGGCCUUGAAUCGGCACACUGUCGAUCCCACUUCUCCUGAGACUUCAGGGGAUCUUCAACGCAGACGCGCAUCUACAUCUACCGACACCCUGAAGACAGUUGCCAACAAUCCGGCCUUGGCUUCCGUACCCCAAUCAGCCAUUAUUUCCACCCCUGCUGCGGUCACAACGGUGACUGCCGCCCCUACAAAUCCACCCCCAGUUUCCUCCGCCCCUACGAUGCCCGCCCCUACUUCGGGUUCCAAUAAGCGCAACAGCCAAAGCGACCAUCACUCAUCCGAUGCGACGCCGGCGAACUACGAUGGUCACGAUCUAGAGAGGUCGCAGUCCAAGCGCCUGCGACCCUCUAGACCGGAUGUAAAGAUGUUGCCCACCCAAUACGAACUAGCCGAUCCCCGUGACAUGGUGGUGCUGAUCUCCAGCAUGCUCAUGGAGUUGAUUCGAUUCAACGAUAAGAUCCCACUGCAUCAGGGUCGUUUGACUCGAUUCCACUCGCGCUCUCCUCCCCGAAUCUCCGUGCUAGACUACUUGCAGCGCUUGACGACGCACGCCACUCUCUCGCCUCCGAUUCUCCUCAGCAUGGUGUACUAUAUCGAUCGGCUCUGCGCUUUGUAUCCCGCUUUCACCGUUUCCAGUUUGACUAUCCAUCGGUUCCUAAUUACCAGCGCCACAGUUGCUAGCAAGGGACUCAGCGAUAGUUUUUGGACGAACAAGACCUAUGCUCGAGUUGGCGGAAUUGGCAUGGCGGAAUUAGCCAUGCUCGAACUUGAUUUCUUGUUCCGGGUCGAAUGGCGCAUAGUUCCACAGCCAGAAGUGUUGGUGGACUACUAUCAGAGCCUCGUUGAUCGAUGCGACGGGUUCGAAAUCGAAGGCAUCUGUGAAAAUGGCAGUGCUAAAUCCGGUGUAACUGGUAUCGCCCCAGCAGCCGGUCCUGUUCCAGCGUAA